AUGCCGGCGUGCCGGAUUAUCUUUCCUCUAGUAAUUUGUUUGCGCUCGUGCCUAUCCUCCGCCGGGAUGAAGCUCCUUCACUCCCGAGCUCUUCUAUCCGCCUCUCGGAGCGCAAGAUCCUGUAGAGGAACCCGAUAUACCGCUAUACGGCCGGCCCAAUCAUUACCAUAUAGUCCGCCGCAGCAAUGGCACCUGCACCGAACCCUCACCACCAGUGCAACCCCAUCACCAAGCACGGACACCCACCAAGAUGAGAAACCCCUCUCGCUAUCAACCCAGGUCCGCCUUCUCAUGCGCCGGGUCCCUUAUCCCGUCGCAAUCAUCACAUCAACCGACCCCGCCCCGUCCAGAACACAUCAUACCAAGCCAGAAUCAGACCCAACGUCCCAAUUCCGCGGCAUGACUGUUUCCUCCUUCAACACCGUAACUCUCACCCCACAACCCGUCAUCUCAUUCAAUGUGCGGCGGCCCUCCGAAACGCUACAUGCACUCCUCUCCUCGGGAAGGUUCCUCGUGCACCUCCUAGCAACAAACCCACACACUGCAGCAUUAGCACGGGAUUUUGCGCGCGGAAACCAGAACCUCGCCCUAGGGGAGGGCGAGUUCGAGUUUGUGGGCGUUAAGCCCUCCACUACCUUUCCCGCUAAUGCGAAAGAUAAUAGCGGAAAUGGGGGAGAAAGUCACUCAGUACCACCCUCUCCCCUACCUCUGCUUCAAAGAAGACAGAAGAUGCAAAAUAUAAACCCCACGGCCGAAUCCGCACCCACGCCUAGCUGCUUCCCGUUUAUAUUUGAGUGCCAGCUUCUCCCACAGAGCGUUGUCAAUGUGUAUGACCAUACGAUUGUUGUUGGGACGGUCGUGCGGGCGAUCACGAGCGAGGGCGCGAAUGAGCUCGAGACCUCGUCUCAAGAUUUGUGCUUAGCCUAUGCGAACACCAAGUUUUGGGAGGUUGGAGAUGAGGUUGUUUAA